GGCCAGCGCGGAGUCGCUCGGGCGAAGGCUGAGCGGGGGUUGUGGGACGGCCAUGGCACCGCUGAGGGACUGCAAGGCCUGGCAGGAUUCUGGACUUGGCCUGUCCACUGCUAGCAACGAAGCCUGUAAGCUAUUUGAUGCUGUGCUAAGCCAGUAUGCGACAUGGCGCAACGAUGAGAACUUAGGAGGUAUUGAAGGGUGUCUUUCCAAGUUAAAGGCUGCAGAUCCAAAUUUUGUAAUGGGACAUGUCAUUGCUAAUGGAUUGGAGCUUAUUGGUGCUGGAAGCUCAGUGCGGCUCAACAAGGAUCUGGGCAGUGCACUGAAAACAAUGACAACGCUGUCAAGAUCUCAGCCUCUGACUGAGCGGGAGAAGCUUCACGUGUUGGCAUUGGACAUGUUUGCCAGGGGACAGCUUCCAAAAGCUUGUGAUGUAUGGGAACAGAUUCUACAGAACCAUCCGACUGACUUGCUAGCCCUCAGGUUUUCCCAUGACACUUAUUUCUACUUGGGAUAUCAGAUACAAAUGCGAGAUUCUAUUGCUCGGGUUUUUCCUUUCUGGACACCUGAAGUUCCUCUGAGCAGCUACGUGAAGGGCUACUAUGCUUUUGGACUCAUGGAAUCAAACUUUUUUGAUCGUGCUGAGGAGCUUGCCCGUGAGGCUUUGGAUAUAAAUCGGACCGAUGCAUGGUCUGUUCAUACUAUAGCUCACGUAAAUGAAAUGAAAGCAGAGGUGGAGAAAGGGUUAGCAUUCAUGAAGGAAACAGAAGAUAACUGGAAGGACAGUGAUAUGCUUAUUACCCAUAAUUACUGGCACUGGGCUUUAGGCUUCAUAGAAAAGGGGGAAUAUGAGGCUGCUUUGACGAUUUAUGACAAUCAUAUUGCUCCCAGGCUCCUGUCGGGUAGAAGCAUGCUGGGUAUAGUAGACAGCUCUUCAAUGCUGUACCGGCUUCAUCUGGAAGGUGUGAAGCUUGGAGACAGGUGGGAUGAUGUCCUCAAACGUGCAAAGAAGCACACCAAAGAUCACGUUCUUCUUUUCAAUGAUGCACACGUGUUGAUGUCUUCACUUGGAGCCAAAGAUCAGAAAACUACUGAUGAGCUUUUAACGACUCUUCAAGAACUUGCCAAGGAUCCUGGUGAAGACCACGAGCUUUCUCUGGCUCCUAGUGUGGGGUUGCCAUUAUGCCAGGCUUUGGUGGAGUUUGAAAAUGGAAACUGUGACAAAGCUGUAGAUCUGCUGUACCCGAUCCGUUACCAACUAAUCCACCUAGGUGGCAGCAAUGCUCAGAGAGAUAUUUUCAGCCAGCUAUUGAUUCAUGCUGCUUUAAAUUGUAAAUCCCAAGCCAAACAAAACCUCGCUAAGUGCCUCCUGAGAGAACGUGAUGUGAUGAGACCAAAUUCACCAAUGACGGAGCGACUUAUAAGGAGAGCAGCGGCUGUUCAUUCAGUGGCUUAAGUCUGUCCUCAGUGCUAGCAAUAAGCUUACCAAUCAAUAUGCUGUAAACCCUGCUAGAGAAUCCCUAGGAGCGAGAGAUCCGAUGACAGCUUACUUGGAAGAUGCAACUUGAAAUGCAACAGCUUUAAAUCUUGGAUGAUUUCGCAAAGAAAUGAGAAGAUUACCUGCUUGUAAUGCACAGUUCUCUGAAUCUUCCUGGGACACUGCUUUUCUAAUAUAUUUUCUUUGAAGUUUCCUCUGACCAUGCUAAUAUUCAGUAUAGUAGCAGUGCCUGGCUUUCAGUCAUUCAUUGUCCCAGAUUUACUUCAUUAAUAUGUUAAAUAAUCAGUAAACUUUUUAGAUACUUCAAAUGGACCUUCUCAGCAUAAGAAUAGGAAAGUAUGGGGCUAGAGCCAAUACAGUGUCAAGCUCCCAGUCCAUUAAGGCUUGACUUACCCUGGCAUUACAGAUCUGUGUCCCUUCAGAAUCUUUUUCCAGGUGCAUAUUUUUAAACACUCUUACAACAUGUCAGAUUUUCUUCCUUUCAAUAUGUUCCCUCAGAGUUGCCUGGGAUUACUAGGUGAAUGAAACUAGACAACGGGGACAAUAGCUGACUGCUGGUUUGGACUGUUUUAAUGUGGAUACUCGCUUUGAACUUUGUUAUUUUUUACUAAAAAACUGAAGCCUGAAUUUCAGCUAAAACUGCAAUCUCUGAGUGGUGGUUGGGGCUAGAAUCUUAGCGCUUUCCUUAGCUCUGGGGAAGUCAGGCCUUACUACCAUCUCAAUAGCAUACAUACCAUGUUUGCAAAGCAAAGAAAAUUAGCCAGCUAAUUUUCAUGCACUUGAUAGGGACACUGGGUAUCUCAGUGAUAGAUAAAGACUGGUAUCUAGAUAUAGAUAAAGACUGGAAGGAAGCUCUUACAGAAGGCUAAUAGUAACCAACACAAGGCUUUAUCCUGCCACAAAUGAUGUGUCAGGCUUUGAUGCUGCAAAUAAGGCAUGAUAUGAACUGUGAAGCUCUGAGAGUUUCUGGUGCCUCUGUAUUUCUGCCUCUGCAGAGUAGCAGAGGUAACGUGUUGUCUUGGAGCAGUAAUCCAGAAAUCCCUAAUGGAAAGAAGAUAGAAUUUCAAAGCAAUUCUAAGGACUCCUCUUCUUGUUUCAGAAGAGAAAUGCUUCCCUCUUUAACUACGUAAGCUGUGGCAUCUGCAAGCACUCGUGGACACAUGUGCCUGCACCUUCUUCCAGCUCGGUCUCAUCCGCAUGUCCCACAGCAGUUUCCUCUCACAUGUAAUCCUUUUGAUGCAAAGCACUUGUGUAGCUGGUCCUGCACUUACCCUGGAGUUCCUGUGCAUACGCUUGAAAUGGGCAAGUGCCUUGCUGCCACCCUUUUUCCUUCAUUUAAGGAAAAAAUAAUUUAGCUAUAAAUUGAUGACAAUUUGUGAAACCAUGUAAAGGCUUGCAGCCUUUUGAAUCCUGCGGAGAGUCAUAGUUCCCAGCCUAUCAAAUAAGUCAGUAGUUUACGUGCCCAGGCAUGGCACAACUCAUUUUUAAUCUGUGUAUUUCAAGCAGUGACUUCAGGCAAAUAAAUAUUUACUCAGUGAAUGUAAGAAAUCUUACUAGGUAGCAGAAGCCUGAGAAAUCCGCCGCCUGCUUACAAAAUGUGUAUCCUACGUGAUGAGUUGCUACGUAAAUCUAAGGAUGACAUUUUUAGUGCUUCUGAUACGGUAUGACUUAGAAUUUUGUCUGCUUUACAUCAAUAAAUUCAAAGAUGAGCUCAGCUGAA